AUGUUGGGAUUCUUGCAGCACCCUGUGGUGGUGACCGCUGAGGUGAACUUGAAUAUGGUAGCUCUGACCGCGGUGGGAUUGCUGAGCCGACUGUGGCAGCUUGCCUAUCCAAGGGCCGUGGUUUUUGAUGAAGUGUAUUACGGGCAGUACAUCUCUUUUUACAUGAAGCGGAUCUUCUUUUUGGAUGGCAGUGGACCACCGUUUGGUCACAUGCUUUUGGCCUUGGGAGGUUAUUUAGGAGGAUUUGAUGGUAACUUUCUGUGGAACAGAAUUGGAGCAGAAUACAGCAGCAACGUGCCCGUGUGGUCCCUGCGCCUGCUGCCGGCCCUCUCGGGGGCCCUGUCGGUGCCCAUGGCCUAUGAGAUCGUGUGGGAGCUUGGCUUCUCUCACUGUGCCGCCACGGGGGCCGCUCUGCUGAUGCUGAUCGAGAACGCCCUCAUCACUCAGUCAAGGUUAAUGCUUUUGGAAUCAGUGCUGAUAUUUUUCAAUCUGUUGGCCGUGCUAUCUUACCUGAAGUUCUCCAACUCCCAGAAACACAGGCCCUUCUCCCCAAGAUGGUGUUUUUGGUUGGUGCUGACGGGCGUGGCCUGCUCCUGUGCAGUUGGCAUCAAGUACGUGGGUGUGUUCACAUACUUGCUGGUGCUUGGGGUUGCCGCUGUCCACGCCUGGCACCUGAUAGGAGACCAGACGCUGUCAAACGUCCGUGUGCUCUGCCACCUGCUCGCCCGAGCGGUGGCCCUGGUGGCGCUCCCGGUCCUUGUGUACCUGCUCUUCUUCUACGCCCACCUGCUGCUGCUCUACCGCUCCGGGCCCCACGACCAGAUCAUGUCCAGUGCCUUCCAGGCCAGCUUGGAGGGUGGGCUGGCAAGGGUCACGCAAGGUCAGCCUCUGGAAGUGGCCUUCGGUUCCCAGGUCACCCUGAAGAACGUCUUCGGCCAACCCGUGCCCUGCUGGCUUCACUCUCACCAGAGCACCUACCCUAUGAUAUAUGAGAACGGCCGUGGCAGCUCCCACCAGCAGCAGGUGACCUGCUACCCCUUCAAGGACGUCAACAACUGGUGGAUUGUCAAGGACCCCGGGAGGCAUCAGCUGGUGGUGAACAACCCCCCAAGGCCCGUGCGGCACGGCGACGUCGUGCAGCUGGUGCAUGGCAUGACCACCCGCCUCCUCAACACGCACGACGUUGCAGCCCCCCUGAGCCCCCAUGCGCAGGAGGUUUCCUGCUACAUUGACUACAACAUCUCCAUGCCCCCCCAGAGCCUCUGGCGGCUGGACAUUGUGAACAGGGAGUCGGACACGGAUGUCUGGAAGACCAUCUUGUCAGAGGUCCGCUUUGUGCAUGUGAACACCUCGGCCAUCCUCAAGUUGAGUGGAGUGCCCCUCCCAGACUGGGGCUUUCGGCAGCUGGAAGUAGUCGGGGAGAAGCUGUCUUGGGGCUACCAUGAGAGCACCGUGUGGAACGUGGAGGAGCACCGCUAUGGCAGGAGCCAGGAGCAGAAGGAGAGGGAGCUGGAGCUGCACUCCCCAACCCAGGUGGACAUCAGCAGGAACCUCAGCUUCAUGGCCAGAUUCUCCGAGCUGCAGUGGCGGAUGCUGACGGUGAGAGGUGAUGAUUCGGAACACAAGUACAGCUCCACGCCGCUGGACUGGGUCAUGCUGGACACCAGCAUCGCUUACUGGCUGCACCCCAGGACCAGUGCGCAGAUCCACCUGCUCGGGAAUGUCGUGAUCUGGGCCUCGGCCAGCCUCGCCACCCUGGUGUACGCCCUGCUCUUCGUCUGGUACCUGCUCAGACGCAGAAGGAGAGUCUACGACCUCCCUGAGGACCGCUGGCUGCGCUGGGUGCUGGCUGGGGCUCUGUGCGCUGGGGGCUGGGCCGUGAACUACCUGCCCUUCUUCCUGAUGGAGAAGACGCUCUUCCUCUACCACUACCUGCCGGCGCUCACCUUCCAGAUCCUGCUGCUGCCCGUGGUCCUGGAGCACGUCGGCGACCACCUGUGUAGGUCCCAGCUCCAGAGGAGCCUCUUCACAGCCCUGGUCGUGGCCUGGUUCACCUCCGCCUGUCACGUGUCCAACAUGCUGCGCCCGCUGACCUACGGGGACAGGUCGCUGUCACCCAGCGAGCUCAAGGCCCUUCGCUGGAAAGACAGCUGGGACAUCCUGAUCCGGAAAUACUAG